AAGGAGGCAUAUUCAGUUGAGGGAAACUGGGAGGGAGAAGGAGAGAAAGAGAGUAGCAAAGACCGUUAGUUAACACAUACAAGAAAUAAAGAACCCAAACAGAAAACAAACAAAGAUGCCACCCAGAACCUGCCUUAUAACUCCUAUAACCUGAAGAACCCACCUCACCCUCCUUUCUUCUUCUUCUUCUUCCAAUCAAUCAAACUCCUCGCCUCCUAUAACGCUUUAAGCUCUCAUUACAAUAAUAAAAACCGAAAAAGAAACAUUCUUUUGCAAUCCAUUGUUCAUCUUAUUAAUAUUCAAUACCCAUCAAUCUUUAUUUUCCUCAGUAACGCAGAAUUCUUGAAUUCUCGAAAGGAAUUUAGUUUUGAUUUAGAGAUGGAGGAGAUGGCGGGUGCUGAAUCUGGUUUAUCUGUCAAUAACUCGGUUUCUUCAUCUGGGUCAUCUAUUUACAAAAAUUAUCCUCUCAUUGCUGCCCUUGUUGCCUUCGCUAUUGCCCAAUUUAUCAAGUUCUUCACUUCCUGGUAUAAGGAAAGGCGAUGGGAUCUCAAGCAACUCAUUGGAUCUGGUGGAAUGCCAUCUUCUCAUUCUGCCACUGUUAUGGCUCUUUCCAUGGCCAUCGGGUUCCAGGAAGGCUUUGGAGGACCAUUGUUUGCUACUGCAUUGAUCUUAGCAUGUGUUGUGAUGUAUGAUGCAACUGGUGUAAGACUGCAGGCUGGACGGCAAGCUGAGGUCUUGAAUCAAAUUGUAUAUGAGCUUCCUGCUGAGCACCCCCUGGCUGAAAGCAGACCUCUGCGCGAACUUCUUGGUCACACUCCUCCUCAGGUUAUUGCUGGUAGUUUGCUUGGGAUUGUGACAGCAGUUAUAGGCCAUUUUAUUACAAUGACAAACAAUCAAAGCUGAUGCACAAGGAAAAUUGCAGCCAUCUGAUCAACUAUAUGACAGAAUCACAAUUUGGAGACCUGUGAACAAAAUUGGUUCCCUAAAUGAAUUUGCCCCAUCCCUAACUGAGAAUCUUCUUCCACUAAAAUUUACCCUAUGUUCAUUCUUAUGGUAGCAUUUCAAGAUAUAAUUUGAUUGAUUGCAGUAAAUGCUGCUGUAGUGGUCAUAUCUGUUACUCUACUAAGCUUGAACGUAAAUUGCAAAUUGCAAUGAGAAAUACAGGAAUUUAGGCAAUUA